UCUUCCUUUAAGAGGAUAAGUACCUAAAGUAUACAUUCAUUUUUAAAUCACACAGAAAGCGAACACAAGGCACCUACCCUCUGUGGAAGAUUUCAAAAUCCCAUUUAGUCUGAGUUCGAGGAUGAAUAGUCUGGUAGUUUUUCUUCUGUGCUGUGUGCCUGUAGCUUUGUGUUACAGCAUAGCUCAGGAAACCCAGCUUCACACGGAUUUAUUUACGGGCUAUCAGAAGGCGAUACGCCCAGGGGCAGACCGAACGAAAGCGUUGUCAAUCACAGUGGACUUUUUGUUAAUUAGCUUAAAGGAAUUUAGUGAAGAAGAUAGCAAACUUGCCGUUAUUGGAGCUUUUAAGUUCUCAUGGGAAGAUAAUCGCUUGAUAUGGGAUAAAACAUUGUAUGGCGGUGAUCUGCAAGAUACAUCGGUUCUACAGGAGACUCUUUGGGUUCCGAACAUCAUCAAUCUGAACUGUUUUGACAACAUGAGGCCAUUGGGCUCUAACUCAAUGAGUGUCAGAGUUUAUGACAGUGGUUUUGUCUCGUGGCUUCCUCCUGUUCUCGUUGAGAGUACCUGUGACGCCGACGUGACGUAUUAUCCGUUUGAUUCUCAAACCUGCGUCAUCCGGUACUAUAUUCCAGGGUACUACCCACCGGAUCUGAAUCUCUCCCCCGGGUCCUCUGAGGUUGACCUCAUGCAAUAUGAGCAGAAUAAUCUUUGGGACAUUACAAGCACCAGCCUUUCCACUAUGGUUAACUCCUAUGGUUUUCAAGAACUCCAUAUACAGCUCCAAAUGAAAAGACGUUCCAGUUACUACAUCGCCGGCCUUAUUUUGCCGAUUUGUCUGAUGAGUUUUCUGCAGGUCAUGGUCUACAUCCUCCCUGAAGAAUCUGGAGAACGAAUCGGUUUCUCUGUCACCGUGCUGUUGGCAGUAGCGGUUUUCCUUACUAUUAUCCAGGAAAAUCUCCCGGAAGCUUCUGAACCAAGCGUCUCUCUUUUAGCAUAUAAACUUUUAGGUGACGUCCUUACAGGAGCUUUAAUUACAACAUCAGCUAUUUUUGGUUCCGCUGUCUAUCAUAAAGAUGAUUCAGAACCGGUACCAACAAUCGUGAAACGACUUUUCUGCACUAGACGGAAAUCCUGCUGCAAGAAAUCCCCGAAAGUAACCACCAUAAACGUAACCGAAAAAUCACCACCAGAGGACGCUGUGAAUGACUCCGAUGAUGACGUCAUUUCCUGGAGUGAUGUAGGAAAGUGUUAUGAUAAAUGCUGUCUUUUCUUCUUUACGUUAUGUCUUGCUAUGAAUAACAUUGUCCUCAUGAUAAUAAUCAGUAUACGUUAAAACAAUUGGACACGUGAGAAAUUAUAUCUAAACGAUUUGAUUGAAAAUUUAAACACAUGAGAAAAGGCGAUAAACGAAAAAUUAUAAGGCUCAUUCAAUUCAUUUUUGCUUACAAUGUUAAUAAUUUCCGAAACGUUUUCUUACGUAUUAAAUCAAAUAACACAAGUUUUACCUUGGAAACUGCGAUCUACUAGAGGCAGAUAUUCGUUUUACAAGAACUAAUUUAUAUUUUUGCUAUAUAAAUCUGUGCCACCACAAAUCAGUAUAUGCAAUUGAUACAUAAAAGUAUAUUCGUAAUCAGAAUCAAACGCAAUAUUUGAUAUCAUAACCCUAUCAAGUAUGAUAAUUUCAGACAAAUCUGAGAUGUAUACUGGACAGCAUCCAGUUUUCUAUCUGAUGACAAGAAAAUAACCUUUGUGCAAAUCUCCAAUCGGUGGCGGAUUUAAAGAGGUGACUGUACAUGUAACCCUAACCCUCAUAGAUUGAAUUUGUAAAAACAGAAAUGGUCUUGUUUGUCAUUUUGGGUCAUUCAUCCCCCAUUUUUGAGCGGAAAAGGCACAUAGUUGGAUCCGGAACCACUAGGUAUUCCUUCUAGAGAAUUCCUGAUUUUUAAUUUGUUGGUAAUGAUGGAUAACACUGAGGAUUUUAAUUAGUAUCUCAGAUUUAUAUUUCAUUACAUGCAAGAGGUUUUCCGCAGAGUUAAUUGGGGAAAAAAAAGUGAAGCAUGGUUUUCUAAUGAUUUGUUCGCUUAAUGAUAUGUAAGGGAGUCUUUUAAUAUCCUUCCUUAUAAUAAUAUUAAUACUUUGAAUCAUGUUUACGCUAGUCAUUACAUUUUAUGAUUAUCAGUAUGUUUUAUGUUAAACAGAUAAUUUUUAUGUUAAUUAUCAUGUUUUAUGUCUAUCACGGUUUUAUAUUUAUCAUGUUUCAUUAAUUAAUUCUCAAUUUUUUAAUUAAUUAUAAAAAUCAUGAUGUUUUUGUAAUUGUGAUGAGUUAGUACUCACAUUAGUAAGCAAUUGAUACAUGUAUGAUACCUCAAAAUAUGACUUUUACAAGCAGCAUCAUUGAGUUAAAGUUGAUGAAUUGUUCAAAAUACGACAGCAAGGGAGUUGUCUCUUCAAUAAAAAUGCUUACAUUUUUGUAAUCAAA